AUGAAGAAGUUCCUUUGGUCCUGUACGGGCGAUUUGACGACCGUUUUCCAACGAUUCGAACGCUUCUGGGGCCAUCAGGCUGCUCAGAUCACAGCGAUAGAGAAUCGAAACCUCCACAAGAUAUCAACGUUCUCCCUACAGGCGCCGUAUAUGCCGAUCCGCGAGCGAGUCAAUGUCCUUGUAAUUGGGCUACUAGUCGAGGGCUACCGUGCUGCCAUCGAAUCUUCGAGUCUAUCAACACCAAUACCUCCCUUACACUCGACGACUUCGACCCAUUUUGGUAUAUUCCGAUCGAUACAAGCGCUCAGGGCACAAGCCCUACUCGGGCACCAUACGAGCCACAAGUUAUCAGGGCUAAGGGCCGCCCCAAGGGCUCACUCAACCUCGAAGAGUCACGGCGGUCAAGAUCAACGCGGCGGGAUCCGUCACAUCACGAGAUCGCUGAACGGCAUGAGCGGGCUGAGGCUAUACGACUGCCUCCUCCUCAACGGCACCAGCGGCGAUGACGGGUACGGGCUGCGGCACAUCGAGGAAAACGGCGAUACGUACGAGGCAGGCACACGGAUGCAACGGGCGUAUCAACAAGCCGGGCGUCAAACGCCAGUCUCUGAUGAUGACGAUCAGCCGGUACGGCGGGAGACCCAAGACUGCAUCUUCGUCGCCGGCCUCACGGACGAUGCCGCCCUUGAGGAUGUAUGGGAUCAAUUGGAAUCACAGUUAGAUGAAGCGGAUCAGGCACUUUACAGACAGAUCGCAAACAUCUACCUCCAGCUAUUCCAGCAUAGCUUUUCAAAGAUUGGGAGCUUGUCUGUGGCGCAAGACGCCGGUGCCGCUCCUCAUUGGCGCGUGACUUCCGGUCCAUUGACGUUCAAAAUGAACGAGGUGGAGCGGAUGGGAGGUGUCCAGGUCGGAUCCUCGGACGGGCCUUUUGACCUGGCAGUUGAUUACUUCCAAGCGCUGGCGGAUCAGAGUUUGAGCCAUCUUCUUAAUAACCACCGUGCUAGUCGAGACGAGCAAGAACUCCUAGAUGACCACAAGUCGAUUUGUGUGCUUCGAUCUCUCGCGGAGCACUUCAGUCCAAACGGCAGUAUUGACAGCGAGCACAAGCUAUUUUGCGAUGAUCUCCGGUUCGGAAACAUUCUCGUCGACGAGUCGUACAGGAUCGUAGCCGUGCUCGACUGGGAAUUUUGCUAUGUCGCCCCUCGAAGUUUCCUCUGCUCUCCACCAUCUUGGCUGAUUGGAACUGAACCGUUUGAGUGGAAGGACACCGAUGUCUCAUUCUACAAGGACCAACUCAGCUUGUUUCUUGAACUGUUGGAAGAAGAAGAGGAAAGAUGUCAGGCUGACCAUGCACUCUCUCGUCUUAUGCGACAGUCCAUGCGAGAUGGGGCUUUCUGGUAUAACUUGGCCACCAGGGAGAGCUUUCCCUUGUCGGACAUCAUGUCCCAUUGUCAGGACAUCGAGGCCUUCCAGACGUCUGCCCUGUCGAAGAACCUGGCAUGUCGGCAGAAGGACUGCCUGGACAAAACACAGGCGCCACAGAGAUGGAAGCAAAGGGAUUUCAUGCGUCUGCCUCCGUUCCUCUCAACUCUAUGGCAGGCUUUACGACCAUCCCUGCCCUCCUUUAUUAACCGUCUGGCUGAUUGGCUAAACCGUCGUGGUCGUGAGGAGGACGUCUACGCCAGUCAAGCCUCAGGCGGGCAGUAA